AUGUCAAACCCGUCUGAUGCAAAAGGAGUACAGCGUCUCAUCGGCUUUGCAAACUAUCUUGCAAAGUUCAUGCCACACCUAUCAGCAGUCUGUGAGCCUCUGCGCCGGUUGCUGGACAAAGACACACCAUGGCACUGGCUACCUAAGCACGAGGCCGCAGUGCAGGAGAUGAAAUCUCUGGCUUCAUCCAUGCCAGUGCCAAGCAAAGUCAUUGAUGGAAACUGCAAAUCUGACUUUAACAGUGGUGGAUCCUGCAGCAGCACUGAGUUUAACACCAACCCCUGGUGGAGAGUGGACCUGCUGGAUGUGAACAGAGUGACAGCUGUCACCAUCACCAACAGAGGAGACUGCUGUCCUGAGAGACUUAAUGGUGCUGAGAUCCGCAUCGGUAACUCACUGGAGAACAACGGCAUCAACAACCCCAGAUGUGUUGUCAUCUCCCACAUCCCAGCAGGAGAGACCAACACCUUCCAGUGUAAUGAGAUGGAGGGUCGCUAUGUUGUUGUGGUCAUCCCUGGACAGAACAAGAUUCUCACUGAGUGUCUGUGGAACUGA